AUGCUGCCGGUGUAUUCAAAAUCUGGCAUUUCGAGAGAAUCUACGACGUCGUUGAACCGGUUGAGGAGUAUCGCUAGGGAGGCUAUCAUCCAGAACACCUCCGCGACGUAUUCAACCAGAGCGACACGUCGCAUUGAAGAUACUGAAAGCAGAUGCUUCCAGAAACACUAA